AUGGCCGAGACGCUGGACGGAGGAGAGACGACGCCUGCUGUGGUGUCUACAGAAAAAGAGCAUGUGGUGGACUUGGCAAAAGUAAAGGGAAAGCUUUUCCACGCAAUCAAGACCGCCAAGAGCGCGGCAAAGAAGGCCAAGCAGCACGAACUGCAGCGCCAUGUGCGCCAGCUCAAGCAGGUCCGGAGCGGAAAGCAGGAGAAGCAUGCGCCGGUGGAGGAGCUGGAAGAGGAGCUGGUCAUCCUCAAGCGGCUUGAUACCCAGCAGAUUGCGAUGGCCGCGCUUACUUCGAAACUCGUCAAGAGCAAGCUUUUGCCGCGGCCGAGUGUCGCCGCGACGCUCGACCAAGAGGGAAGCAAGGCCUUUCCCGUGUGGCCUCUUGCAGAAGAGAUGGGACUGGGUGACCAGGCGCGGCCUGCGGCCGAAUCUGCGCGUGAAGAGCGCGUCAUGCACCAGGUGCAAAGUGCCAAGGUGCUCGCCGAAGAGCUCGCGUCGAGUAUUCAAUCCAUCCUGGGCUUGGUGGUGCCGCGCGUGCCCAAAGAGCGUGCGCCCGCGAAACGUGCAGAGACAGAUCCCGCUGCCCCUGCGCCCGAGCCCAAAAAGAAGGCGGCCAAGGCCAAAGCGCCGGUCGCGGAAGACGACUAUGUGAGCGACGAUGGAUUCAGUGACGGCGACGCGCAAAGUGUCAUGAGCCAGUUCUCGGCAAGCAAUAUGGAUAUGGACAAUCUCGAUGCUAUGGUCGGGUCCGGCAGCGAGGACGAGAUGGACAAUGAUUCGGAAAGUGAGGAAGAACCCCGGCGAAAGCGGCCGCGGAGCGCGUCCCCCGACGAAGAGGACGCAUCGACGUUCCUGCCAAGCCUCGCCACUGGAUUCAUUCCCGCCGCCCAAGGGGACGACUGGAGCGACGAGGAGGCGGACUUCGCCGACCGCGAUGUCGGGGCCAAAGGGCCCGCCAAAGCAGCGUGA